AUGGCAUCGCACUGGUGCUCCUUAUGGAUAUUUGAAAGUGGCGAGGUUUAUUCGAUGGAGCUGACGGCAAUCAACGAGGUUACAGGAUUCCGCUGGCUCCGCAGCCGCUGCAAAAUGCGCCUCUUAUCUUCUGGCGCAGGCUCGCAGAGGCUCUCCGAGUCCCUGCCAACCUCGUCAAGUUCCGAAGAGGAAGACAUUGUGGACAGUCCUGUAGCAGUGUCGAAAGCACACUCACCCUUGAAAGUGUACCUGGAAGUAAAUGGCAAAGUAUUAUGCGGUUUUGAAUGGGGUAGAUCUUCAGACAUCACAGACGAAAGGCAGAGCAAACUUGAUGCAACUGUUGAUCACAUCUUUGCGAAUUACGCUACAGAGCAUACCGAUUGUGAUCCCGACUUGUUGCUAGAUGGAAAUCGAAUAGCAGUCCGCCAGUCCCUGUGCAGCUUUUUCAGGCGACUUUCGAAACAAAGCUACAUUAUGUCGCCUAGCUUUGAGCUAGACCAUGAAGGAGGCCAGUGGCGUUGCAAGAACCUUAUCCGCAUUCAGAACACCUCACCGCAUGAUCUUCGAGCGCGUGCAGCGGAUGUACCGCUCAAUGACGCAUGGUACGACUUAUUCUUCCACAACUGCCAACUCUUCAUCAUGCAGCUGUUGUGCGAGCAGUAUGAUGCCGAUUUCAGGCAGCUGCCCCUCGCAGUAGGAUCGGUUGUUGCUGCCCCGACAUUGUUCGCGCUUGAAGUUGGGUUUAUCACAACUUUUCGAUUUCUUUUGCGUUGGCAACCUGCUAUGGCGAUGCUUAUUGGUGUAUUGUGGGUUGCAGCAGAAGUGUAUCUCACUUUGAGGUACGUGCACUCCUACGAUGUGCGUCCCACGAGUGGGAUCGUUAUCGGCAGCAUCGGUACGAUGUUUGUUUGGGUUGGAGCCGUGUUCAACAGGACCCUUCACAACGAUGACACCGAUAUUGCCGACUCGCUUCCGGUGCUCAGCCUCAUAUGGGAUUUGUGCAUGAUCUUGGAGGCAUUGGCCACCAACAUGAUCUAUCGUGAUCGCAGUCUGCAAGUGCUUAAUCUCGUGUUGAUUGUUCUGACAGCUGCUGGCGUUGCUGGUUUGCAGUUGCUCAUCGGAUGGCCUGUGCAGGACCUCUUCGGCGGAGUUGUGGUGGUGAUGGCGCUUUGCUAUUCGGUUCUUUUCGGCUCCUAG